UCAAGCUGCAAAAGCUUUGACUCAACUUGUCGGUUACGAAGUGACUACCACCCAAGUGACCAAUCAUCUACGCAAGUGGAAGAUAAGGUAUCAACGAAUUGAAAAGUUGAGAGUAUUAAGCGGAGCACUUUGGGAUGAUGAUAAAAAAAUGAUUCUUCUAGACGAGCAACAUUAUUUGGGCCACACUCAGGACACUCCUAAGGAUGCUGAAUUUCUGAACACACCACUUGUCAACUUCGAUUAUAUGGAAGCUUGCUUUGCCGAUAAGCUAGCAACAGGAAAGUUUGCAAUGGGGUCAAAUGAGCCUUUGGGGAAACCCGUCGAGGUAGAGUGUCCAGAGAAUACUAUCGAUUUGGAGGGCCAAGACACAAGUGGUGAAGGUUUUGUGGGAGGUCAAGCCAACUUUCAAUCUGGUGUUCAAGGCGUUGGGACAACUACUCCUUCACCACCUUCUAGCUCAAAUAAGAAGAGGAAGAGGACCUCUGUUUUGUGUGAGGAAGAUAAAAUUCAGGUAAACAACAUGUCUGAUGCAUUGCGUCAUGUGGCUGUGGCUAUCAAUAACACAUGCCAUACCGAAACACAUCCAGAUCUGUAUCAGGCUGUUAUGGACCUUACUGGUUGUGAUAUGGAUCAAAAGUUGGCUGUUCUGGAUUAUUUGACGGAGCAUAAGGGUCAAGGUCUUAAUUUCGUCAAGAUGGAAGCUGAAGUUCGUCAAGCUGCGUUCAAGCGUAUCAUAGCCAAAAAUCCCGAUCUUGUUUGACUUGAUGUUCAUGCGACUAGAAAAACUAUCUAUGCUGUAAUGGUAAUUAUAACUUAUGGAUAUCUAUUUUAUGCAAUAUGGAUCAGUAGGUAGCAUGUAUGCAUGCAGACUUGGUGAUAUAAAGUUAUUUUGGAACAUCGACGUAUUUUAAA